AUGACGGACCAAAUUACGACCAUGGAAGGUGCAAUUCGUGCAGCAGAACAAACACUGGAGCAUCUAUUUAGUCCAAGUCUGGAACAAGAUAAACGUAUUCCUAUUGAUCUUCUUCAUGAAGCCAAGGGUUUGGCGUUUCUUACAGUUGUCAAGGCUGGUUUUAUCUGGACAGGCAAAGUGGGUACAGGUGUGGUCAUUUCGAAGCUACAGGACGGUCGAUGGUCAGCUCCUAGUGCUAUUGGUACAGCUGGAAUGGGCUUUGGUGCUGAAAUGGGUGCUCAGAUGAUUGAGUUUAUGAUUAUUCUCAACUCGGACAUUGCAGUCAAGAACUUUAUGCAAAAGGGACAGCUCUCUGCUGGUGCAAACUUGGAGUUUGCGGCAGGCCCCUAUGGCCGUGCAGCUGGGGCUAAUGCUAAUUUUAGUACUUCGGGUGUCGCACCCAAUUACACGUACAGCCACAGCAAGGGUCUCUUUGGCGGUGUGGGGCUGCAAGGUUCAGGCAUUAUGGCACGAUCCGAUAUCAAUAAGAAGUUUUAUGGUCGGGAGAUCACCCCUACUGAGAUUUUGACUGGAGCUGUGGACCAACCGGCUGCUGCCUCGCAGCUGUACGAUGCGCUACAGCGUGUUGCGAGCAUUCCGCCGUCGGGCAAUGUGCAGAAUUUAAAGCAAAAGCUCAUGUCGCCCUUUGCGGACCGCAUGCCUGCAGCUGCUGUUGGCCCAGAUGUGCAAGUCGUAUACGACCGUGUGCUGCGACUCAUUGAGAGCACGUCGGGGCCUGCCGGCGUUGAUGAGUUUAAGACUAGCUGCAAGGACUAUGGUCAGAACCGCUGCACAGAUGAACAGUUUGUUAACUACCUGAACAAUAAGUUUACGGAUGAGCAAACGCUGAACCUGGUACCGGAGAUAGUCAAGCUCCUACAGGACGCUAACAAGCGGAAAUAUGUCUGGGACUAUUACGUUAAGGUCAAGUCGGACCGUGGCUCACAGCCUCGGUCGGCUGGCCAUGGGGCGUCGCCCUCGCUCUUUUAA